CGAAAAGCCCGCCGUCUCGGCAGAAACCGCCCGCCCCACAAUCCCCAAAUCCAACCCCGGCACCGACAAUGGCGCCCCAGGCCCCGGUCGUCGAGAUCAUCGACGACGACGACGACGACGACGAAUCCAUGCCCGCCUCCCCUCCCACGCUCCUCUCAGGCAGGCGCUGCCGCGCCACUCCCACAACCGCGGCAGCCGACGACUACCCAGACUACCUCGGGGCCUUCUCCCCCUCCCCGCCGGCCUCGAAGAGGCGCGCCACUCCCUCGACCGCGGCGGUCCCGGACCUCGACUCAGCGGACUGGCUCGCGGCCUUCACCCCCUCGCCGGCAGUCCCGAAGCGGCGCGUCAUUCCCUCGACCGCGGCGGGCCCCGACUAUCUCGACUUCCUCGAUGCCUUCACCCCCUCCCCGGCCGUCCCGAAGCGUGGCGCGCCCGCGUCUGCGGCCCCGAUCCUCCUCGACGACGACACCCCUCCCCUGCCGAAGCGGCGCCCGUCCCCGACGCCGAUGCUCCUCCUCGACGACACGCCUCCCUCGCCGUUCGUUCCGGAGAUCCCGGACAUUGCUGUCGCGGCGACACCACCAGCGUACGCCACCCCGCGCUCGAGUGGGCGGCCUUCCAGUGUCCCAGGCCCCUCUUCGACUGGCCGCCGGCACGAUUCGUCUGGAGCUUCUUGUCCAAUAUCUCUGGACAGUGAUGAUGAGUUGGAUGACUUUGGGACCUUAGAUCCAUUGGCCAAGUUGAUUUUACCCGGUGGAAAUUCUUCUUCUCAAGAAGAGGUUGACCACAACAUGGUAGAGAAUGCACAACCGAUCAACGAAAGAACGGUAAAACAGGGACGUAAGAGACUAAAUAAAGAGGAGAAAGACAAAAUGGUUGAAGAGAAAAAACGACAGCGAGAGGAAAAAAGGAAGCAAAAAGAAGCUGAUAAAAUCAAACAAGCAGAGCAAAAGAAGUUGACCAAAGAAAAAGCAGACUGUGGUUCAGGAAAACGCGCUUUAGAAUCUACUAUUGUUGCCAAGAUCGACCCAAAGGUCAUAGAAACUGGCUCAAUCGCAGGUGCUCUCCUGACAAUGUUUUCAGAAAAGAAACUCACCUAUCAAAUUGAGCGUAAUCCAAUGAGCGGAUCAAUUUUGUGGAAGAUGGUCUCUCAAAGUGAUCAGGAGCCAGCAUUGGAGCCAUAUAUCCUAUUUGUGCUCCAAGCUGAGGAGUUCUGUGAUCUUAUAAGCAGUGGAAAGUUCUUGGAUCAUGUUCUUGAAGCUCGAAAUCGCUAUCCAACAUUCACUAUUUGCUAUGUCACUCAUAAGUUGACGAAAUACAUAUAUGAUAGAGAGCAAAGCCAGUAUAAAAAUUCCGACAGUUCUAGUAGAUGGACACGUCCACGUGUGGAGCAGGUUUUGUGCAAAUUAGUAACACACUACGAUAGGGUCCAUUCCAAGGAUUGCGCAAAUGGAGAUCAACUUGCAGAGCAUGUUGUUGGUUUGACAACUAGUCUUGCAAAAUGCAAAUUCAGGAAACCUUUGUCAUGGUUAUCUGUGCAUGCUAAUGGUGUGACAAUCCCGACGAGUUUUGUGGAUAAAGGUCAGCUUAAGAAAGAUGCUUGGUUUAUGUCCUUACUAGCUAUCCCCAAAGUCCAGCCAAGGUUCGCCCUUGCAAUCUGGAAGAAGUACAGUACCAUGAAGUCUCUUCUGAAAGUAUACAUGGAUCCCAAUAAAAGUAAUCGCGAGAAGGAGCUUCUGCUUCAGGACCUGAAGUGCGAAGAUAGCCUCGGCGAGGAAAGCAGAAAGGUGGGAUCAGUGUGUUCUAGGAGGGUGUACAGAAUGCUCAUGGCAGAAAACGGGGAGAUGGAAGCUGAAGAAGCUGUGAAAUCUUAAGUUUAUGCAGUAGGAUCCUUUGGUCUUUUGGACAAGUUCACUUAGCGUGUACUCCCUCCGUUCCCAAAUAUAAGACCUUUUAGAGAUUACACUAUAAA